AUGGCUGAGUCACAGACUUCCGGCGGCUCAGCUGGUGAAACGAAUGGAAAGACAGCUGGAGUGGCAACUGGUUCGGCAUACAAGGUCAUUGUCCAAGGAACUCCGUCAGUUGCGCCAGUCAGCGGCUCCGGCUUGCCAGAGGCCGCAGCCGGCGCAGCGGGCGCCGCAACAACUACGGGCGCAGCAGCGACAGUCGCGUCAACCGUUUCGCCCACUUCCUCUCGGCACGUUGAAGUGUCAGGCAGGAGAGUGCGCUCGUCGGAAUCCACGGAAUCGUCGCCGCCCUCGGCGGUGUCUACCACGCUCAAAGAAGACCGGCUGUCCCCGUCCUCCAAGUCGGAUGCUGUGCUAUCUACCGGCGACGCAACCACCUCCACUGCUGAAGGUGGAUGCUGUUCUGGCCACGCGGCUACUGACGAGUAG